AAUGGAAACAACGAGAGGAGGAGCCGGAGGAAGGAGAGGGGCUACAGAGAGCGCUGAACGGCGCCUGGCGAUGGAAAGCGGAGAUUAUGAGGGGAGAGGGAAUCUUCUGAAGCCCCGAAAACAUGCUCUCGAUAUCCAAAGACCCGUGUCUGCGCGGCUGUUCCGUUAAUACUGGGUUAAAACACUGUUGAACGGUUAAAGUGGACGCCUCGGCGGAGCCUGGGAAACAGCGGCGCGCUGCUUCGGAGUCGAUUAUCCGGUAGAAAAGGGGAGAAUAGGUUCCUCAGCAUGAGUCGAGAUGGAUGGAGGAAGAAAGCUAGUGAAGAUGAUGGCUGGGGAGGACGGGGAGGCUACAUGGCUGCUAAGGUUUCUAAGCUGCAGGAGCAGUUUCAGAAGGAUGCUCCCAGAGAAAAACAAAAUCGGGGAGCCUCAUCCAGCAUCUUCAGUGGAGUGGCUAUCUAUGUUAAUGGAUACACAGACCCCAGUGCAGAUGAGUUGCGCAGGCUAAUGAUGCUACAUGGAGGACAGUUCCAUCUGUAUUAUUCACGGUCCCAAACUACACACAUCAUUGCCACCAACCUGCCAAACAGCAAAAUAAAGGAGCUAAAAGAGGAGAAAGUAGUACGGCCAGAAUGGAUUACUGACAGCAUCAAGGCAGGACAUCAACUCUCCUACCUGCAAUAUCAGCUUUAUGCAAAGCAGAAGGGCUUAAACUUCACCAGUGUGAAUGCCAGGCAUGGCCAGGACGCUGGUGGAUCUGGUCACGGCCUCUCCGAACCCAACAUCAACCUUCCUCAAGCAUGCGAACUCAACCACUCUAACCCAGCUAUCAUUACUCAGACUGUGCCAUUCAAACAUGCUGAUAAAACCCAUUGUCAGCUGGACAUCAAACUGAAUGGCUCAUACACAGGUUUCUUUGAGCAUGAAGGCCCAAGUAUUAAUGGAAUACACGAAGAAGACACUGUUGAUAAUUCCUCUGUCAUUUUCCUAAAAGAAUCGAAAGACUAUCUACAAACCAAUGGCCAUGCUCAUCCUCUGAAUGGUGCCUUAAAAUUGAAAGAUUCUGUUGCGUGUUCAAAACGUGCAUUCCGAUUGGAGUCCAGACACCCUCAGGCUCAGCCUCCAGAGUCAGGAACAGAAGAAAUGAGGGGACUCAGCAGCAUUCAUUCAGCUGGUCUUACGAAGGAUACUGUAGCCUCCACAGCCAGCAGUUCUUCGGCACUCAGGCCUGAAGGUGUCAUUCAUCAAGAUCAAAGCCCUGAUUCAUCUAUCCUAUCAGAACCCCCUUCAGCACCAGUCACAACUGUUGCAACUGUUCUGAAAAAUGCAGGAAAUUCAGAGAAGUCAGAGAGUAGUCGAGUCAGACUGAAUGGAAGUCACCACAUUGCUUCUGACUUCACCCUGAAUGACUCUAACCACCAGACAGGCAAGUCACCGGCAAAGGGCUCAGAAGCUGGGAUUAUCUCAGAGUUUUUCUCUCACUCACGGCUCCAUCAUAUCUCCACAUGGCGAAAUGAGUUCUCAGAGUACGUAAACACACUGCAGAGCCGGCGUCGGGCAGCAGGUGGCGCUACAUUUUGCGGGAAAGAGAGGCUAAAGAAGAUCCGAGCUAGUCAGUGUGAAGGUUCUUCAUCCAUGCCUGCUCCUCAGGUACGUCAGUCCUGUAUUCUGCAUGUAGACAUGGACUGCUUCUUUGUGUCAGUGGGGAUCAGACACAGACCUGAACUAAUAGGGAAACCCGUAGCUGUGACGAGUAACCGUGGGCGUGGAGUUGUACCUCAGCGGGCUGGUGCUAACCCUCAGCUGGAGAUGCAAUACUACCAGAAGAAACGGACACAGUACAGAGCAGGGGGCGCAGACACUGAUAUUGAGAUGACCCCUUCUCCAGAAAAUGAAGAGACCUGUAGUAAUGGAGUAGAGCAGAAUGACCUGGCUGCUCUCUCUAUGGCAGAGAUUGCCUCUUGCAGCUAUGAGGCCAGGAAAGCGGGUGUGAGGAAUGGCAUGUUUUUUGGUCAGGCUAAACAACUCUGUCCUGGACUACAGUCCGUGCCGUAUGAUUUUCAAGCAUACAAAGAGGUGGCGCUGGCCAUGUACGAAACCCUUGCCAGUUAUACAUAUAACAUUGAGGCUCUAAGUUGUGAUGAGGCUCUAGUGGAUGCCACAGCGCUGCUGGCAGAGCUGGGGAUCACACCUGAUGAGCUGGCGAGUGCUAUCCGUACUGAUGUGAGGGAGAAAACAGGCUGUUCGGCCUCCAUUGGAAUGGGUUCCAACAUACUUCUGGCAAGAAUGGCAACUCGUAAGGCAAAACCUAACGGGCAGUAUUUUCUUAGACCGGAGGAGGUGGAUGAUUUCAUCAGAGAUCAGUCAGUUACCAGUCUGCCAGGUGUUGGGCGCUCUAUGAGCAGCAAGCUGGCCUCUCUGGGUGUAAAUACUUGUGGGGACCUGCAGCAGGUCUCCAUGGUGCGUCUGCAGAAGGAAUUUGGACCACGUACAGGACAGACUCUCUUCCGCUUCUGCAGAGGACUGGACGAUAGACCUGUUCGCAGUGAGAAAGAGAGGAAGUCUGUGUCCGCUGAAAUGAACUACAACAUCCGCUUCACGCAGGAUGAGGAAGCAGAGACUUUUCUGACUAACCUUUCCAUGGAAGUGCAGAAGAGACUGCAGGGAUCAGGGCUCAGAGGUCGGCGAAUAACACUAAAAGUGAUGAUGCGCAAAGCAGGGGCUCCGCUGGAGCCUGCCAAAUAUGGUGGACAUGGUAUAUGUGACAACCUGGCUAGAUCUGUGCUGCUAGCUCAGCCUACAGACAGUGGCCAGCUUAUAGCAGCAGAAGUCAUAAAGCUCUUCCGUACCAUGAAGCUGACUGUGUCUGACAUGAGAGGGGUGGGACUGCAGGUGCAUCUUCUUGAGAGUUCACACUCGGACACUGGACCAUCUCGUUCCCGCUCCAUCAGAGAUUUGUUCACAAGUAGACGGCCUGCGCAGACCCAGGGCAAAGAACAUCAGAGAACAGAUAAAUUUCCUAGCACGUCUUCCAAACAGGGGGAGGUUUCAUCUCCUUCUGUCCUGCACACCACUUUUUCUGAUCCAGUGCCUGGGACAAGUAAAGGGGAACCUUCUUCCCCCAGCCAUUCUCGGGCACACCUCAACCUCAGCAUAGAGGUGCCAUCUCCUUCUCAGGUGGAUCGCUCAGUAUUGGAAGCUCUACCGCUAGAGCUAAGAGAACAAGUGGAGCAGUCAUGGAGCCACAGAGAGGAGAAACCAAGUACCUCAUCUCAUCUAUUCACACCCCCUCACCGAACCCCUUCCACUACUCCUUUAGUGCCUCCGGCAGGCACCCUGCUGGUACACCUCCCAGAUCAGUCUGGACAAACAGGCAGCGCAGGCAUUGUACUGGAGUUACCUGACUUCUCCCAGGUUGACCCAGAUGUGUUUGCAGCACUCCCAAGGGAGUUACAGGAGGAGCUACGCUCUGCUUACAGAAACAGAGAUAAUACACAGGCUCAAAGCACCGUCGUUGAGCAGAGAAAUCCGCUCCUACAGCUGAAGCAGCCUGCAGUGGCCAAGAUGAAGCGACGCUACAAGAGGAAAAAUGCCAGUCCUGCCAAAAAGGGUGCAAGUCCAUUAAAACGACUCCUCCCAGGAAACAGCCCUGCAAAAUCCAGUCCCUCCAAAACCAUCCCGCUCUCUCUAAAGAGUAAUGAUGUCCCCCUUGGUUUCAAGACUGAACAUGCACCGUCCUCCUCCACAUUGAACAAUCAUGUGCCAGAUAAGCUAUCCAAAUUCGUCCCCCGCUCUGCACCAGCCCUAGCUGGAGCUUGUGAACUUGGCGACAUCAGAGCCCUGCUGCGGGAGUGGGUUACCACUAUCUCAGAGCCCAUGGAAGAGGAUAUUCUUCAGGUGGUGAAAUAUUGCACAGAGCUGGUAGAGGACAAAGACCUGGAGAAACUCGACCUGGUUAUCAAAUACAUGAAAAGGUUGAUGCAACAAUCUGUGGAAUCUGUAUGGAGCAUGGCCUUCGACUUUAUCCUGGACAAUGUGCAAGUGGUGGUGCAACAGACUUAUGGCAGCACCCUGAAAAUCACAUAAAGGCAUUUUGGGAGGUGUGUUCUUACCUCUGUCACUGUGAUAUCAGCUCAGUGCUGCCCUCUCAUCAUGAGACAACAGAAAGAAAUCCGGCUGAUGCUUCAACACUAGUGGUUGCUCCUGUCUAUCUACCUAUUACUGUAGCGUGGCUGCUUUGAUUUCUUGGACCAAGCCUUUUUCUAUGGAUACAUACAACAUCUGCAACAAUGGGGUCUAGCAGCAGCGUUUUAUUGUGACAUAAAUUUUCAGCAAGAGUUAACAGCAGUUGAUUACUUUUGUAGCAUGACCACAAAAUUGUAUCAAAAGGAUAUCUGUUUAUAGCGUCAGCUCGAGUCAGGUCAGAACUGGACAGUUUUGUUUUUUUCCCCACUCUCUUUUGAGAGCAACCACGUCCAAGCCAAACAUCAUGAUGUCUACAUGCUAGUUUAUACAAACUGUCUGAACUGCCCCUACUGACCAUGUUUUCUAUAUCUGUUUCUAUCACGCCUUUUUAUCAUGUUUGGAAGCUGGGAAAAUUUGGACUGCCUGUGAGCCCUUCAGGAGCCUGUUUUUUUUUUGUUGUUGUUUUUUUAACACCUCAUUGUACUUCCUCCCCUCUUUCUUUGUGCAUUUGUCAGUUCAAGUUCCAUUUUUGAUCCCAGGAGUAUAUGGCAAACAUGGUAGCAAAGGAAGGAGUGACAUGAAAAUUUGCCACCUAUCGGUCAGCCCUAAACAGCAAAUCUGAAAAACUAGCAUUUUGUAUGUAACUCAAGUGCCAGAUUUUGUAAGUAUAGCAUGUAGAUAAGUAUAGUUAAUGUCUAUGUAGAUCACAACAUUUCUAAAGAUUUUUUACGUGUUCAUAAUGUUUACAAGAUUUUGUGUUCUGUGUAAGUAUGUGUGCGUGAGGGGAAAAAUGUGUGAGAGAACGAGAUGAAGAAUAAUAUAAUUGUAAUUACACAGUAGCCAAAGUCCUCCUCAGAUUCUAAAUCAUCCUUAUCAUUUAUCUGUACAAGUCAUAAAAAUUAUGUUUAUCAACCAGCAUGGAACUAUGGAUGGGCAAGAAAUGGAUUUGUCAUCAGUUUCCAGACCAAAUCAUAAUUUAAGCAGAUUGGGUUGUGUUUUUAUAUUUGCUAAAAUAUGAUUAGAAUACUGUCACUGUCACGCAAAAACCUUAUCUCCCCAUCUCCAAAAAACAACUUUAAAAGAAAGAAAAAUAUUUCAGCUGCAUAAAAAUAUUUAUUUGAAUAGGAAUUAUUACUGAUGGUCUAAAUUUUGUGAUUACAUUGUAAAGAAAAACUGCCACAUUCUGUCAAAAAUGGCAAAAAAUAACAAUACAGGGUUUUGCGUGACUGUGACAAUAUGGUGCGGUUUGUUGCGCUGCUCACGGUAUAGCUCUUAGAUUCAUUUAUUCUGCCAUACAAAAGGGAAGGCCUGGAAUAUUUGGUCAGCAAAAUCCGCCUCAAAUGACUGACCUGUGCCUGAAGACCUGAAGCUGUGACACCAUUUGUAUGUUUUUUAAACUUGCUAAUAAAUUGCUCUUGUUCAACUUUUGGAGCUAAAUUCA